AUGGCUCGAUGUAGCUCAAACCUCAUUGACAGUCAGGCUGUCUUAGAGGAUUACUUUUUGGAUAAUGAGAGUCCGCCCAUGGAAGAGAUCGAAGUUGGGGCAGUCAACCCACUUGGCAAAAUGGAUUGUAGCACAGACUCAAACUUGAUGGAGCAAGGACCAGGCAAACCCUUUGGCCCCCAGAAGCUUGAAAAGGCUGUCAGAACCCAUGAGGAAGAGGACACCAAGAAAGAAGAGGAAGAAAAGGGAGACAAUGAGUUGGGAGAUCCAGCGGUGCUCAGUGCCAUCCAUGGUGCCCAGAGAGGACACAAGGGCUCUCCAAGACUCAAGGCCUCCAAUGUGCUUGGGAUGUCUCCAGUAUCCUUGCACUUUCUGUGUCAGACGAUGGACUAUUUGUCUCCGAUCUCUUUCCGGUCUACAUUUCCAAAUGCCAGUUCCCCAGCACGACACUUUGGACCUCAGCUGCCUUCACCAGACCCAUCUCUCUUCUACAGUCCACCAGCGUCCUGGCCCCCAAGGUCUAGCCUCCCCAGUCACUGGACCCAGCUGCAUCCCCAGCACCAACGGAUCUUGAAGAAGCAGCAGCAGGAACAACGGGGUGGUCAUAAAUGCCAGAGUCCCUGUGUUGGGAAACUGUGGUCCCAGAAGCCAGAUCCCUAUGCUGGUCUCAUGAAUCAAAGGGAGAAAGACUGGGUGAUCAAGGUACAGAUGGUUCAGCUGCAAAGUGAGAAUCCCGAGCUGGAUGACUACUACUACCAGGAAUAUUACCAAAAGCUAGAAAGAAAACAGGCAGAAGAGGAAUUGCUCGGGAGAAGGGGCAGGCUGGAAUCUCCUAAGUUGGUGACACCUUACAUUCAGAAGGCAGAGGACUAUGAAUCAGUGGUUCGAAUCAAAGGUUCCCUAGGCCAGGUGGCAGUUUCUACCUGUUUUGGUCCCCGAAGAGCCAUUGACGCAGUUUCACAUGGUUCACAGGAGCAGGAUACAGCUAUAUAUAAUCAGAAGCUUCAAGUACUAUAUCGGAUCGAGAAGAUGUUCCUUCAGCUGUUGAAAUUGGAGGAAAAUCAGAAGCGUAUGCUAACAAAGUCCUAUUUCUAUGAGCUGCAGAGAAAACCGCUAGAGAAGAUCUACCAGGUGUUGAGGACUGGUGAUCAGGACAAUUCAGAGGAGGCAGCAAAUGGAUUCCUACAAGUACUAUCAGUGAGGAAAGGAAAGGUCCUUGUAGCCCGGCUACUACUACUUCUUCCACGGGACCAGGCAGUCCACCUCGUCCUAUCAAUCACCAGUCACUUGCCCUUCCUAAUUCGAAGGGACACAGCUGAUCAGGCUCUACAUAUGCUGUUCAAACCCCUGGGAAGGUGCAUCAAUCUCUUGGCCUUUAGUGAGCUUCUCCAAGGGCUUCAGGGACUGAUGGUGCUACAGCCUGGAUCCCAAGAGCGGCCAAUCACUAUAGUCCUUCAGAACCAGUUUGGCAUCUCGUUGCUCUAUUCACUUCUGAGCCACGGGGAACAGCUGGUGUCCUUGAAUUGUUCCCUGAAGCAACACAGCAGCAGCGAUCUUGAGACUUGGACAGACAUGGUGGUUCUGGUCGCCUGGGAGAUAUCCCACAUGUCCACCACUUCUCUGGCAGAGCCGCUUGUUGUCCCCAGCAACCUCCUCUCCCUGUUCUGCCGUUACGUGGACAAACAAAUAGUACAGCAAUUAGAAGCCAGAAUGGACUGUGCCCCCGUGGCUGCCGACCUGACUUGUUUGGGAAAAUGA